GGAAGUGAGAGUGACUAUUUAGGGCGGGACGUUUUCAAAUACGUGCAGUUGUGACUGUUGACAAAUCUCACAUUUUUCAUAUCGAUAAAGGCCUUUGUCCUGACCGGCAUCGUAUUAAUUGGAAAACGAUAAAGCACAAUGUCUUCAAAGAUUCCAAGAGGUGUGCAGCUCACUGCAGAAACAAAGAAAACUGGUGACAACGGGACAAGGAAAAAUGUUGCUCCCAAAGGGUUAUCCACUAGGUAUGGGCAACAGUCAGGGCUCAAGGAGCAGAACCAGCAUCUGAUGGCUACCAAUGAGGAGCUGCAGAAAAACCUCUCGGAGACACAGCAAAGAGUAGCUGAGUUGGAGCUGCAGUACAGUGACAUUGACAAGGAGAAUGUGGAAGUACAGAAAAACCUGAGGGACUGUCAUGUCCUCCUAGUCGCAGCCAACAUCGACCCAGUUGUAGGAGAAAGAGUUGGAGAAGCUGCACGACAAAAUGAUGAUCAAAGAAAAGAAGUUAUGAGUGUAUCCACGAACCUGCUGAAUGAAUUGAAAGUGUUCAGAGACUCUGCAUCCCAGCAACGUCCCCUGCUAGAGGUGAGUCAACUCCUUUGUAACGAUCCAUUUAACGUUGCUAUUUGUUGCAUAAGAUUUAAGGAAAUGUUUUUAAAUGUUCCUCAUUUUACACGUUCACAGGGAAUCAAAUCAAUAAUGACAGAUGUCACUAAAGCACUGGAACAUAUCAAGCAGGAACGGGAGGACUUUUCUCUGGAGGCUGCUGAAAUAGAACAAGCUCUUAAGGAAGCAGAAGCUCUCUUGUUAUAAAUGUAAUAAUCAUUUCUCGACUUAAAGUAUUUAAAAAAAUAAAAUGUAAGUGUAUAUUGAUGUAAUGUUGUGGUGAGAGAAAGUGAAUAAAGUAUUGUUGUUUUCGCCUAUUCCUCAUCUCUUUUCAUAUUAAAACGGUUGAAACCACAAUAUUUGAAGACGCUAACCCCGGGGAGAAAUUGGAUUUUGUAACAGUUGCUCCAUUUUAGAAUAUAACAUAUUAGAUGUUCAAGUAAUAUGUACAAUUACCUAUACCAUAUAUGAGAGGAUUUUCUUUUCCAGUAUACCCACAACUAAAGAUUGUAAUAAUUAUCUACAACUUCAGAUAUUUUCCAUGUAAGUUGAUGAUCAUCGGGUCCUGAAAAUGUAGUUAAAAAACUUGAUAACUAAUUGAUUUUUGCAUUUAAAUCACAUUAACCUAGUUGUUAUAGUCCUUCGAUAAAUACAUAAAAAAUAGUAUUGUGUGUAUAUAUAUUUUUUAAAACACUAAUGACUAAUAUGUCAUGGAAAAUGCCUAUUGCAGUAUCAUAAAUCCGUACAUUGUGCAGCUUGUAGUCCCUUAUUAUGUGGACAUAUGCUAAUUGUCAGGUGUAUAUGUGUCUACUGUGACAUGUUCACAUGCUGCAGCUGCUCUUUUCACUGUGUACUGUAUAUGCACACAAACCUAUACCACACUACAGGAAAGGGAAAACCCAUACAAGAUCAAUAGGGCCUCUUUAAGCUUACAAUCUUCAUCCCUCUCA